ACGCUUUCUUUAGUCACUUCGGUAUAUGUCUUUGACUUAGACCUCUCCUCCCGCACGCUCACACGCAAAAACUCUUGCAACUAUCGCUCUUUCUCAUUCAAUCUAUGCUUCCGUCUUAGACCCUUUUACUUCUUACUUCCUCAACACACCAACACUUGUUGCUUCCUCACCUCCCACCUCGGCGAUGGCCCUCUUCCGCCACCGCCUCCGCCAUCUAUCAACACUACUCACUGCCUUCACUUUUCUCCUUUUCUUCUCUUCCUCGGUUACCACUCUUUUGCUACUCGGUAGCGGUUUUUCAGAGAGGGAGGACAGGGAAAGAGGAAGAGGGUUAAGGGCAUUUGACAGAGUUCUCACUCAGAAACGACUCAGUGGACCGGGUUCGUCACCACCCACGUGUAGAUCCAAGUGCGGGAAGUGUUCGCCAUGUGAACCAGUUCAUGUGCCGAUUCAACCUGGUUUUAGUAUUCCAUUAGAGUAUUACCCGGAGGCUUGGAGAUGCAAGUGUGGAAACAAGCUGUUCAUGCCUUAAUAAAAAUAAAAAAGAGUUGCUCUUUGUUAUGUUGCUAUUUGGGUAACUAUUGGUUCUCGAAGGAGGUGGUGCCUUUCCAUGCUUGCAUUAUGAAAAUUUUGCCACAGGACAAGGAACUUUGGGAAUGUAGGUUGUAGAGGUGAGAUUACCAAGAGAGAUCUCUCCUCAUCUCUCUCUCUCUUGUUAAUGAUCCCUUUUUCUUUCACUUGCAUUGAUGCAAAGUUUAUUAUGAGACAUUGGAAUUAAGUAAAAGUUGUAAUUAACUUGAGUUUCUUUACAUAAGAACAGAAGCUGCAAUGUUUUUAAGGUUUAAA